AUGAGGUCACAAUUUAAAGACGAACAUCCUUUUGAAAAGAGACAAGCAGAGGCAGCUAGAAUUGCACAGAGGUUUAAGGACAGAGUUCCUGUUAUUUGUGAAAAGGUUGAAAACUCCGAUAUUCCCGAAAUUGAUAAACGUAAAUACUUGGUUCCAGUUGAUUUGACUGUAGGUCAAUUUGUUUACGUUAUUAGGAAAAGAAUCAAAUUACCUAGUGAAAAGGCCAUUUUUAUAUUUGUCAAUGAUAUUUUACCUCCAACUGCUGCUUUAAUUAGUACAAUUUAUGAAGAACACAAGGACGAAGAUGGGUUUUUGUACGUUUUGUAUUCAGGAGAAAACACUUUUGGAGAAAAAGUGCCUGUCAAUUUGAAUGAAUUGGAUUUUAGUGAUCUUCCGGAAGAUCUUUAA